AUUUGUGUUCUACUGAAAAAACAAAAUCACCUACAUCUUGGAUGCCCUGGGGCUAGAGCUCCCUCAAGAUGGGUGACUGGAGUGCAUUGGUAAAACUUCUUAACAGUGUGCAGGCCCACUCCACAGCUGGAGGGAAGGCCUGGCUCUCUGUGCUCUUCAUCUUCCGGAUCCUACUUCUAGGAACAGCAGUGGAGUCUGCCUGGGGUGAUGAGCAAUCGGCUUUUAAGUGCAAUACCCAGCAGCCUGGUUGUGAGAACGUCUGCUAUGACAAAUCUUUCCCCAUCUCACACGUGCGCUUAUGGGUGCUUCAGAUCAUCUUUGUGUCCACCCCAACGCUUCUGUUCCUGGCACACGUGUUCUACACAAUGCGCAAAGAGGAGAAGGCCGGGCAGGCUGACGAUGACAACAAGAAUCGUCAAGGCUCAGAGCCCCGCAAGGUGAAGAUGAAGGGUGCACUCCUGUACACCUACAUUGUUAGCAUCUUUUGCAAGUCUCUCUUUGAGGUGAUCUUCCUGGUCAUCCAGUGGUGCAUUUAUGGCUUCAGCCUGUCCGCUGUGUACACCUGCGAGCGUUGGCCUUGCCCCCAUCAGGUGGACUGUUUCCUCUCUCGGCCCACUGAGAAGACUGUCUUUAUUAUCUUCAUGCUGGUGGUUUCUCUGGUCUCACUUUUGCUCAACAUCAUAGAGCUCUUCUAUGUGCUAUACAAACGGAGGAAAGACCAAAACCAGUCCCCCAGUGAGCAGCAGUCUUCAGAAAUGAUAGAAUACCAGGUGGAUGAGAAGUUGAGGCCCACAAGCAAUCAACAGCGUUGGGGAGCAACGGAAUACAUGUAACACUGCUAUAUAUUUAUAAUACAAAAUACGGGCAACUGUAUUCAGUUACAGGUAAAUCAUUGGAAAUCAAAUUACAGUAACAUUCAAAAAAAAAAAAUAUUUUGAUUACUGAAUGGAUUACUUAGAAUUAUACUGUGAUUUGUUUAAUUUGAUAUUCAGUCCAUUCAGUUGAAAAGAUGUGUGUGAUGUAUUUGGAGACAAGCCUAGGAGAUUUCCAGCAUAUAUUGCAAAUCCACGUGCAGCAUCGCAGUUUAUCGCCACCAUUGUUGGCUCAUAUGAUAAUAUUUUCCAUGAUAAUAAGAAUAUUAAUAGAUAAUUAAUUUAAAGAUUGUUAUAUAAAUCUAUGUUCUUCUGAGAAAACAGGUGACCAUCUUAAACAAAUGGUUGACUUUUCUCUAAAAUUAAUCUCCGAACAAUUUCAGUUACACAAAAGAAUAUCUCAAUGGCCUUUUUAUAGACAGGAGGUUAUUAAUGCUUUUAAUGCUCUAAAGAAUGGUAAAUCGCCAGGGCCAGAUGGGUUUUGCGGAGAGUUUUUUAAGGAGUUUCAAGAGUUGCUUGUAGACACAUUGCUUAAUAAUGUUUAAUUAUUCAUUUGUCGUUAAAGAAUUACCAAAGACCCUUAGAGAAGCAAAUGUCUCGCUUACAUUAAAGAAAGGUAAAAGCCCUGAUUUAUGUUCUUCUUACAGGCCAACUGCAUUACUGAAUGUGGACCGGAAAUUGCUUUCUAAAAUUUUAGCAAUGCGCCUUGAAAAAAUUCUGCCUACAAUAAUUGGGAUUGAUCAAACAGGAUUUAUACAGGGUAGGAAUUCAUCUGAUAAUAUUAUAUGCCUUUUAAAUGUUAUUUACACCUUUAAAGGGAAAUCCAUAGAUGGGCUAGUUCUGUCUUUGGAUGCGGAUAAGGCAUUUGAUUAUAUUGAGUGGUCCUAUCUUUUCUUUGUUUUGGAAAAAAAUUGGCCUAGGUGAAAAUUUUGUGCAAUGGAUCAGAGUGCUGUAUACAGACCCAUGCUCUGCUGUAUUGACGAAUGGCUUUAGAACUUAUUUUUUUUUCCUAUGCAUAGAGGCACCAGGCAGGGUUGCCCCUUGUCACCUCUUUAAUGCGAUGGCUAUGGAGCCUCUAGCUGAAGCAAUCAGAUCGGCAACAUCUAUUCCAGGUUUACAGAUAGGACAUAAACAUCAUAAGAUUGCGCUUUAUGCUGAUGAUGCAUUGUUAUUUUUAUCUGAGCCUGAGAGGUCAGUUCCCGCUUUGAUUGAGUUGAAUAACUGGUUCAGUACCUUUUCUGGUUAUAAAAUGAAUUUAGCUAAAUCUGAAGCUAUUCCUUGCCAGUAUCUUGGCUAGGUCGGAUAGCACUUGAUAAGAUGAUUGUAUUACCAAAAUUAUUAUUAUCCUAUUUGAAUGGUUCCUAUACUAUUAUCAAAUGGGGUAUUAAAGGGCCUGAAUAGCUGGUUGACUUCCUUUAUAUGGAGUAAACACAAGCCUAGGUUAAAAAUGUCAGUACUCUAUCUGCCAAGUUCUAUGUGGGGGGGUUUGGAUUUAGAUUUGAUUAAGAUGUAUCAGUUAAGUUCUCACCUGAAUUACAUUGCAGAGUGGAUAUGUGGUGUUUUUAAUAUGCUUUAAGACAAACCAUGUGCAAAUUCAUAAGUCAACACCAUUGCUGAGGAUUUUCUAUUUAAACCUGCAGUGAAAAAAUGACAGUCUCAAACCCGCGGUUUGAAAUCGCUGACGUCACAAACUAUCUUGUAACCAAUUAUGUCACUAUUCCGGUGGGCUUUAGCAUAUCAUUAACCAUGACCGCUAUGAAGCAGGAGAGUCUUUGGCAAUAUAGCUGGUGUAUGAUGUAUGUUAUGAUGAACUAUAUGCCUUUCUCCACUGACAUUGAGAUGUUCAAAGCGUUUCUAAGGAUACUGAUUAUUAGAAGACAGCUGUCUGACUCGCAAACUGGAACAUGGUUUAUAACAUUAGCAACACAUUAUUAGCUGUUUGAUAAUGUAGUCAAGCUAAGGCUAAUCAUAUUAAUUAUGUUAUGUGUUUGGCGUUAUAAAAAGAGAUACCAUAGAGCAGGGUUUACCUCAGUAAGUUCACCGAGUGGAUCUCUUGAGCUUGUGCGAGUGAGUGGAGGCGGGGCUAAUUAACAUAUUUAUAUAUUUGCGUAUAAUAAAUGAAGCAAGGGUGUAGAGUUACAUUCAACCUAUUUUAAGGCAUGAAUAACUUCUUUUUUUUUACAGGAAAAAAGUUUGUGUCAUUUUGGUGAUCAAAGAUGAGUUUUAAGGGAUAAAAUUAUUGACUACAGGGGGACUUUACCUCAAUCUGUUGCAGUCAUGGCAUUCUCGAUGGGUACAGCUGAUUGGUUCCUGCUGUAGUAACCAAUUAACUUUUUUUCGUAACAUUUUUACAUUGGUCUUUUACCAUUAAAAUUACAAAUAUUUUUAGUCAACAGAAGGAAGUCCUUGGAUAAACCAUUCAUGUGGUCGCUGCACAUCACGAGCAGCUAACAGCGCAAUGCAGAUCAGUAAUGAAUCACGCAAUCUGAGUCUGUUCUGUUUCAGUGGCGCUGUGCGAUUGAGUAGAAGAGUGCAAGUCUGUGCUGCUGUAUUUGUUGCUUUGUGGAAAAAAUAGUUGCCACUUUCAGUGUUUCAUAUUUUCUGGUUUCAAGAUCCUUAUUCUCAUAAUGAGCUCGUAUGGCUUCAAAGUGCUGCAAGAGUGAUUCGAAAGCAGUCGGCUGAGUCAGCCAGCGCAGCUUCUGAAGAGCGGCUGCACGAGCUCUGUUGACGACACAGCUGUUUCAUGAUUGGUCUGAUUCACCACGACAACGAUCAUGUGUGUUUCGUGUUUAUUCUCACACCUUCAUUCUCACACAAAUCUGUAUUUUAAAACAGUUAAAGCUCUUUUCGUGAUGUUAUAUUGUGUCAUGUUUAUCAAAAUAAAACUGAUAAAAAAAAAAAAACGUAGACCCCGCUUCAUUGGUAUUCUAAAUAGUAUAGGCUUAUGUUGAACUUUAUUCUUGUAAAACAGAUGCUGUAUUAAGUAGUACAUAAGGUAUUGAAUGAAAAUGUGUCUUUGAAACAUUGGUGUAUGUCAAAUAUUGCAUUUAUUUCACUUCAGCUGUUAUAAAGUAUGUAAAAACACUGUGCGAGAGUCACUAAGGGAAGCAGAAAGUGUCCUUCACUCCUUCACCGUUUUCAGCUCCUCCCCGACUGUAAGCGGCAACUCUCGCCGAUCAGUUGCAUGAUCCAACCGCAGCCGAUGUCGAACAUGCCUAUAGAAAUAUCUGAGGACAUGAACAGCUCCAAGUAAAGUGUCACAUGUUGUCAUCUCUUAUUUACAGUAAUUACGACAUGGCAUAAAUGCAGCAUAAAACAGGAAAUCGAGGAUAAUACGGAUAUGACAUCACUGACAUGUGAUGCAAUGACAUGGGCCAUUACACUAGUUAA